UUCAAAGAUGGCGCUCCAUGCAAUUGGCAGUACACAUGUCAAAAUGUGUGUCAAAAUAAUUCGUCGAACUGAGGAACUGAGCCCGUAAUGUCAAAUAGAUAAAUUUCACAUGAAAUACGAAAUUUUGAUAUAUAUGUGGCAGACUGUAGUGAAAUUAUAUUUCCUAUAAUUUCAAUAUUAUCCCGAUAUCGUGUAUUACAAAGAGGUGUAUAAGUUGGAUACAAAACCCUAAGAAAUGGCAUCAGGGACAACUUUGCAGAAAGCAAUAGAAUUAGUAACAAAAGCCACCGAAGAAGAUCGUAACAAGAAUUAUGAAGAAGCACUUCGAUUAUAUGAACAUGGGGUAGAAUACUUUUUACACGCCAUCAAGUAUGAGGCACAAGGUGAAAAGGCUAAAGAAAGUAUCCGAGCCAAAUGUUGUCAAUAUCUUGAACGGGCUGAAAAAAUUAAAGAGUCACUUAAAAAGGGAAAGAAAAAACCCAUCAAGGAUGGAGAAGCUGACUCAAAAGAUGACAAAAAAAGUGACAGUGACAGUGAUGGUGAUGACCCAGAGAAGAAAAAACUUCAAAAUAAAUUAGAAGGAGCAAUUGUUGUUGAGAAACCCCAUGUGAAAUGGAAUGAUGUAGCUGGUCUAGAUGCAGCUAAAGAAGCUCUUAAAGAGGCUGUAAUUCUACCUAUUCGAUUCCCUCAUCUUUUCAGUGGGAAAAGAGUUCCUUGGAAAGGAAUCCUGCUCUUUGGUCCUCCAGGUACUGGUAAAUCAUACUUGGCAAAAGCUGUUGCUACUGAAGCAAAUAAUUCAACGUUUUUCUCUGUAUCUUCUUCUGACUUGGUCUCAAAGUGGCUUGGUGAAUCUGAAAAACUUGUCAGAAAUUUGUUUGAAUUGGCACGCCAGCACAAACCCAGCAUAAUUUUCAUUGAUGAAAUCGACUCUCUUUGUUCAUCACGAUCUGAUAAUGAAUCAGAAUCCGCCCGCAGAAUUAAAACAGAAUUUCUUGUACAAAUGCAAGGUGUAGGUCAUGAUACGGAGGGUAUUUUAGUUUUGGGUGCUACAAAUAUCCCAUGGGUUCUUGAUGCCGCUAUUAGGAGGCGUUUUGAGAAGCGCAUUUAUAUUCCUUUACCUGAGGAACCAGCUAGAGCCACCAUGUUUAAGUUGCAUUUAGGUAAUACACAUACUGAGUUAAAUGAAGAAGAUGUUAAAGAAUUGGCUAAGAAAACAGAAGGAUAUUCGGGUGCUGACAUUAGCAUAGUUGUUCGAGAUGCUUUGAUGCAGCCUGUACGAAAAGUUCAAACUGCCACUCACUUUAAAAAGGUCCGAGGGCCAAGCCCAAAAGAUGCUAAUGUUAUUAUUGAUGAUCUUCUUACACCUUGUUCACCUGGUGACCCAGGGGCAAUUGAAAUGACCUGGAUGGACGUAGAAGGUGAUAAACUAGCUGAACCACCAGUUACAAUGAAUGAUAUGUUAAGGUCCCUUGCAACAUCGAAACCCACAGUUAAUGAUGAAGAUUUGACAAAAUUGGAGAAGUUUAAAGAAGAUUUUGGACAAGAAGGUUAAUUUUGAGAUUAUUGUGAAUGCAAAACUGUUAUUUAAUACUUACUGCAUUAUGAACUGUUUUUUAGGAAACAUGAAUGUUGUCUGGAAAAUUUAUUCAUGUUUCAAUGUACCCAAUAAUUGCUUUUAGUCAUUUUCAAUAUACUUUUAAAUGAUAAACAUAUUUUAUUUUUUAUUUAAAUGUGUAAGAAUGCCUUAUUUCGUUUAUAUAAAUUAUAUUUGUAACUAUGAGCGUUAAUAAAAUGUGAAUACUUAUUGCCUAAAUA